CGGUGCUGGCGGCCGUGCGCGGCGGCGACGAAGUGCGGCGCGUCCGCGAGAGCAACGUCCUCCACGAGAAGUCCAAGGGGAAGACGCGCGAGGGGGCCGACGACAAGAUGACCAGCGGGGACGUGCUGUCCAACCGCAAGAUGUUUUACCUGCUCAAGACCGCUUUCCCCAACGUGCAGAUAAAUACUGAGGAGCAUGUAGAUGCAGCUGAUCAGGAGGUUAUCCUGUGGGACCGUAAGAUCCCCGAGGACAUCCUGAAGGAAGUGGCCGCUCCUCAGGAAGUGCCAGCAGAGAGUGUCACUGUCUGGAUCGACCCGCUUGAUGCUACACAGGAAUAUACGGAGGAUCUUCGAAAGUAUGUCACUACUAUGGUGUGUGUAGCUGUAAAUGGGAAACCUGUGCUAGGAGUAAUACAUAAGCCAUUCUCUGAAUAUACAGCUUGGGCGAUGGUAGACGGUGGGUCAAAUGUGAAAGCACGCACUUCUUACAACGAGAAGACCCCGAGGAUCGUCGUGUCUCGCUCGCAUUCUGGAAUGGUGAAACAGGUGGCUUCUCAGACUUUCGGAAACCAGACCACAAUCAUCCCGGCUGGCGGUGCUGGUUAUAAAGUUUUAGCACUCCUGGAUGUGCCUGACAAGAGUCAAGAGAAGGCUGAUCUGUAUAUCCAUGUGACAUAUAUCAAAAAGUGGGACAUAUGUGCUGGCAAUGCCAUCUUAAAAGCCCUUGGGGGGCAUAUGACCACCCUGAAUGGGGAGGAGAUCAGCUACACCGGCUCCGACGGCAUUGAAGGGGGGCUCCUCGCCAGCAUCAAGAUGAACCACCAGGCCCUGGUCAGAAAACUCCCAGACCUGGAGAAGACAGGACAUAAAUGAGCAAAGCUGACUGGCGCUCGCAGCUCCCGCAGGGCCGGCCGGUCAGCCUGACACGCUGGGGACUUCGGAGCAUCAGUGCAGGCUCUGCAUGGUUAAGGCCACCCCGAACUUCUUACAGUAUUUAUGAAGCAUCAGAGACGUCCUUCCCCUGCGAGGGGAUGCAGGAUCAGGCGAAAUGGGUCGCUUCGUGUCUCAAGUAUUGUCUUUAUUUUUGAGACUAUUUUCGUACAAUUGUCAUACACAAGGCGCAUAUAUAUAUAUAUUUGUGAAUUAAAAAGUAUAGCUGAGUCUACAUUGUUGUGAGUCACCAUUUUCACACAACAUCUUCACUAUUUGUUAGUACUUUCAUAUAGAAUUGGGCUGAAGAAAGGAUUGAUUUUAUGUAGAUGUUUGAUAUUACUUUACAAUGCUUUCUCAUUGAAAAUAAAAAUAUUGGGGGUUUUUACCCAUAAUUCAGAUGGAAAGCACAUGAAGCUACACAUUCAUUAAUAUGCAACAAAUGCUCUAUUUACGUGUUACUGAAUACUUCUUAUGGAUUAAAAUAGAGAAAAACUUAAAUUGCUUUUCUUUCUUGGAAAUUUUAAUAACAGGUUCACCAGCUAGUAGAGAAUAUAGAUACACGAUGGUUGCAUUGUAAUUGUAAUUUCUGUGUGCGUUCUGUUUUUAUAAAGGAAAGUGUGUCUGUACCCACGGCCUCACCGUUUCUGACAUCUCGCUGACGACUCAUUUGCCCCAAGGACUGUGCAUGGUUCCAUCCUCUCCCUCUUGACCAAUGUUUAGUCUUUAACUUGUAAGGUUUGGGUUACGGUUUCAGGGUUAGCAUUAGAAUUUUGGUAAUUUUCUCAUUAGGGAUAAAAUAUGCUGUAAGGCAUUAUAAAAAUGUAAAUGAUUCUAUUAUUAACUGAAAGUUACUUGACAUUACAUGAAUUGAGCUAGCUUCCAUUUUUUUUCAAAAGCUUUGUUUUAGUGCUUUUAAAAAAAAUUGCCGGGUUUGUAUAUAGAGAUUCUCUCAUCAAGAAUGAGUUAUGGUUGUUUUUGCCAUGGUUGCUUUUACCAUUAAUAAAUGGGUCUAACCAACCAAACUUU